GUGAAAAAAGUGUUGAUCAGCUUCUAAAGAACUCAUGAUUUUAUUUAUACAUGAGAUGAAUCGGAUGAAUCUUCAUUCAACUUAAGAUGCUUUCUGCUCACGAAAAAUUAUUAUCAAAUCCAACAAACAACAUUUGAUUAUAAACUUGAUUUCUUGGGGUGAUGUUAAUGUUAUCCAAUUUGAUGUUCCUAUUACUUAUAUUAAACAAUAGACUAAAGCUGAGCAAACUCGUUGUAAUUCAGCUUGUUUGAUACAAAAAUAAAAAAACCGAUCCAACAGUUUUUGAUACUUUUACCGACUAUCAGUUCAGAUUAGAUUUUUUGAAAAAACGUGUAAAAAUUGUAAUUGUAAAAAACUCUUUGAAAGUGUGAAACUAAUCAACAGCAAUGAGUAGUCUAAUUAAUUCAAUCUGGAAAGAAAUUGGUUCCUUCAGUGGAUUCUCGGGAUUAAUUGCCAAACCAAAUGAUGAUCGUUGUGUUAGCCUGAUUAACCUUCAAUCAAUCCCAUUGAAAAUAUUCAAAUCAACAGUCAAUGGACCAACUUUGUCUCCUUCAAUUGAAUCAUUGCAAGGUGAAAAUGAGGAUAACAAUCAAACAAAUGAUCAAUACAAUCUGAUUAGUGAAAUUAUUACACGGUAUGGAUUGAGAAUUGUUCAUGAAAAUGAUCCAAGUCAAAGUGAUGUUUCUUUCAAAGAGAAUAAAUUUGUUCUUGAUUCACUCCAUUGGCAUAAUAUUUUGAGAAUCAAACAUCGCGCCCCUCCAUUAAGCCUGUCAAUCGGCUUGUGUGAAUUGGCUCAGGAUUGGGCAAACAAGUUAGCCCAUUGGGAUGUCUUUUAUCAUCGUAAUUACAAAUCAAUUGGUGAAAAUUUAAUUCUUAAGUGUAGCAGUCUUCAUGACAUUGAAGUUAAUGGUGAACAAGUGACCAAAUAUUGGUACGCUGAGAUUGACUACUAUCGCUUUGAUUUACCUCCACAUCUUUUACAUACUCGAGCAAAUCAAUUCACACAAAUGAUUUGGAAAGGAUCAAGAAAAUUUGGUAUUGGUAAAGCUCGAUCUCGAUCUGGCAAAUUAAUUAUCGUCGCAAAUUACGAGCCACCUGGUAAUAUUAAAGAUGAUUUUCAUAUUAAUGUAUUGUCUCCAUUUGAAGACUUUGAAUUAGACUUUAUUGCUGAUAAUUUGAUUCCAAAGCAAAGAGGAAAGUUGAAUCGAGUUAUAGGAAAACAGUUACGAGCCCGACGUAAAGCUAUAUGGAAUUAGAUUAAAUUUCAACAUGAAGAAAGAUAUUUAAAGAUCAGAAUCGACUGAUUUUAAUCAUUU